AUGGGGCGGAGUCGGGAGCAGCGAAAGGCAACGCGGCCUGAGAGCGCGCGUCCCCGCGGGAGCCUAGAUAUUAUAAAGCCCCUCGCACGGUUCCUCUCGAUGCGCCCGCCUUCGGCAAUCUCCGGGGGAGUUUCGGCUCUUUCCGGCAGUUCCAGCUCCGGUCCUUCACUCCCAGAGCGCGCUGUUACCCCCCUCCCCACGCCGCCCGGCUCUUUGUGGGCCUGGGCUGUUCUGCACGUGGGCACGUGCUCUAGUACUACCCGUCCCCACUUUCAUCUAGUUUGUUGCCGACCCACUCCUCCAAUCCCUACCCUUCCUCGUUAUUCCCAGUUCCCGGCGACGCCCGAGCACCCUCAACUGAGGCGCGCGACCCGGCGGGCGGUGCGAGGCGCGAGGGGCUGGGUCUCGAGAGGAGCGGUAACCCGACGGACUGGAGCCCGCCUCCCGCCCGGCGCCUCUCCACUCGCAGAUCCCUGGCGCGCGGGCCGCCUCCCGCCCGGCCUUCGCGCGCCGGGUGGCUGCAACGGCCUCGAGCUCGGCGCGUCGGGUUCGCGCCGGCGCGAGCACGCGCCUGUGCGCUGGCUGGCUGGCGCGCACGCGCCCGAGCGGGCUCCGGGGCGGGGCGAACAGCGCGAGCCCCGGCGAGGUCGGUGUGGAUCCGCUGGCACUCCGGCCCCCAGCCGCGGCUGCGAACCCCAGCCCGCCGCCCGGCCGAAGCCGGGAAAGGGGCGGUGGGGGCGGGGCGGCGUCCGGCUCGGGGAGAGCUGGGGGAGGAGCGAGGCGGCGACGGCGGCCGCUCUAGAAGAGGAGGAGAAGGAGGCGGAGGAGCUCCUUUCCUCUUCUCAGACCUCGGAGCGCCCGGGACGCAGAGCCCGGAACUGGGGAGGGGACGCGGCGUCUGCGGGGUCCCCGGAUACAUCAGGAUUCAUUUUUGAUUUGCAGUCCAAUACUGUACUGGCCCAAGGAGGAGCUUUUGAGAACAUGAAAGAGAAGAUAAAUGCAGUGCGUGCAAUAGUUCCCAAUAAGAGCAACAAUGAAAUCAUCCUGGUUUUGCAGCACUUUGAUAAUUGUGUGGACAAAACAGUACAAGCGUUCAUGGAAGGUAGCGCCAGUGAAGUACUCAAAGAAUGGACAGUAACAGGCAAGAAAAAGAACAAAAAGAAGAAAAGCAAACCAAAGCCUACAGCAGAAGCAAGUAACAGUAUCCCAGAUUCCAGUAAAUCGGUUUCCAUUCAAGAGGAACAGACUGUGCCUUCUUCAGAGAAAGGUGGUAUUAAUGGUUACCAUGUCAACGGUGCCAUCAAUGAUACUGAGUCUGUGGACUCACUCAGUGAAGGUAUGGAGACACUUUCAAUAGAUGCCAGAGAAUUGGAAGAUCCUGAGUCUACUACACCAGAUGUGCUGGAUAGAACAGGGUCCAUGCUGGAGAACGGCAUCUCUGAUUUUGAGCCUAAGUCUUUGACUAUGCAGUCUACUCAGAAUUCUCAACAAAAUAGGAAUGCUGCAAAAUCUCUCUCAAGACCUACCACAGCACCUCAGUUUUCAAAUCUGGGGAUGGAAGAUUUUCCACUCUCUUCCACCAACAAAAAGCUAGGUUCCAAUAUUGAAAAAUCUGUGAAAGACCUCCAGCGCUGUACAGUGUCUCUUGCACGGUAUCGAGUUGUAGUUAAAGAAGAGAUGGAUGCUUCCAUUAAGAAAAUGAAACAAGCUUUUGCUGAAUUGCAGAGCUGUUUAAUGGAUCGAGAAGUGGCAUUGCUUGCUGAAAUGGACAAAGUGAAAGCUGAAGCAAUGGAAAUUUUGCUCAGCCGACAAAAGAAAGCCGAACUUCUAAAGAAGAUGACUGAUGUGGCUGUUCGAAUGUCAGAGGAGCAAUUGGUUGAGCUCAGAGCUGAUAUCAAGCACUUUGUUAGUGAGCGUAAAUACGAUGAGGACCUGGGACGAGUAGCUCGGUUCACCUGUGAUGUAGAGACGCUGAAGAAGGACAUUGAGUCAUUUGGACAAGUGUCCCAUCCAAAGAACAGCUACUCAACCAGAUCCCGAUGCAGCACAGUUCCGUCUAUGUCCUUGAGUGGUCCGUGUGAUGCCUCUGCCGCUUCCUCUUCCACCUGUGCCUCUGCUCCCAGCCUUACAAGUGCUAACAAGAAAAACUCGGCACCAGGAGAGACUCCUGCACCCAUAGCAAACUCCAGUGGCCGGCCCUACCAGCCUCAUCGAGAGGUAUUGCCGGGGAACAGACGAGGAGGACAGAGCUACAGGCCACAAGGCCAAAAGUCAAAUGACCCCAUGAACCAAGGGCGACAUGACAGUGUGGGUCGUUACAGAAAUAGCUCAUGGUAUUCAUCUAGUUCCAGGUAUCAGAAUGCUCCAUCCCAGGCAUCAGGAAACAUUAGUGAACGGGGCCAGGCCCACUCUGCAGGGACCAAUGGAACUGGAGCCAGCAUGGAGCCCAUCCCCCCCAAGCCCUCAUUCAAAAAGGGGCUCCCCCAGCGCAAACCUAGGACCUCUCAGCUUGAAGCUGUGAACUCUUGA